GCUUCAAGAAGUAUGGGAUGGUUACGGUGAAGCUGCUACACUUCCAAUGACCAUUGAUUGUGAAUUACGUGACGAAUUGGUAGAUACUGUCAAACCAGGUGACUUUGUUUCCGUUACUGGCAAACUAGAAGUUCUUGAAAUUCCAGCGAAGGGUUCCAUGAUGCACAAUCUUUAUAUUGACGCUACUGAAAUUAAGAAAAUCUUGAUCUUUGAAAUAUUUUCACGUGAUUGUCGCGAAAAUCUUACGAACCCGGAGGACACAUAUUUUUCGCUGUCCGAUUUGUUCAAAAUAAAACAUGUCAUUGACUUUCAAUCCGAUGACCUUUUCAAGCGAAUAGUUAAUUCAUUUUGUCCGAAUGUUUACGGACACGAGAUUGUUAAGGCUGGAAUCUUAUUAGCUAUAUUUGGUGGAACUGAUGAUAGUACAAUUAAUGUCUUAAUUGUUGGCGAUCCUGGAACGGAUAAAAGAGACUUUCUCGAUGCAGCAAGUAAAGUAGCUCCGCAUACUGUAUUCACACCAACAAACCAAGCCAAUAGCUUUCCUUUAAUGCCGCUAUUGCACCAUGAUAAACGAUCAGGAGACUUAAUUCUUGAAGCUG